UCCUCCGUUGAUGGACAUUUGAGUUAUUUCUACCUUUUGGCUGUUAUGAAUAAUGCUAUAAUGAACAUCUGUAUGCAAGUUUUUGCUUGACUGCCUGUUUUCAUUUCUCUUGGAUAGAUACCUAGGAGUGGAACUGCUGUGUCAUGUGGUAACACCAUGUUUAACCUUUUGGGGAACUGCUAGGCUGUUUUCCCCUGUAGCUGGUUGCAUCAUUUUCCAUUCCCACCAGCUGUGUGAGAGUGCAUUGUGCAAUUGCUUUUUUUCUGCCAGAUCUUCCUGCCCAUCUGUCCUCAUUGAGACAAAGUCUGAGUGUGGAGAGUUCGCUGGAAGAGGCUAAUCAGUCCACCUGCAGUGGGUCCAUGCAGUACAACAGCUUUGCCAGUCCCAAUGUACAAGUGACACUUUUUGAAACUUGGACCCCCAGCUUGUCUAUUUUAUUUGCACAGCAAGCUCCACAUUCCAGAGAAGCCAGGUCCCUUGGCCUUCCCUAGGUGGGGCCUAUGAGGACUCUGCAGGAGUUAUGGCCACUGAGCCUGGGCCCAUCAACCCUGGGCAUGGUGUCCAUUGCAGUUAGAUUCCUAUCCAUCUACUGUUAGGGUAGUCAGCACUGGUGGGCAGGUAGGUGGUGCCCACAGCUGCUUGCUCCCCAGUUAGCCCAUGUCAGUCCCCACACCUGCUUUUGGAGAGCUGCAUAGUCAGUAUCUCAAGGCAGACAGGCACAAACACAGUAACAGGGUAGGAUAGUAGCCUUUUCCCACCUGGAAAGAAUAUCCUCGGACUCAAAUCCACAAGUGUUUGGGAAAGAGAUGUGUCCCUCACAUCCUCCUGCUGCCUCACUCUGUAAGGGCCCCACGGACAGUCUGGCACUGGGGUACAAUAUGCCAUUGUUCAGUGUCACCCAGAUGUCCUCCUGCCUUCUUGAAGUCUGCUCUAGGGGCUCCGAGCACCUCUGCUUGGGUCUCAAGCUCUAGGUGGCUAAAUUGUCAGGUGGAGAAACAAAGACACAAAGUGGUAGUUGCCACAAUGGGGAAGGUGUGGGAGUUCCAAGGUAUUAGCCCCCAUCAGUGCCACCCAUGGGAGAGAGAGCCAGCAGGGAUCAGUAUCCUUAUGGGCCUGAGUGUAGCCUCAUGAAAUCUUAGUCAACCCAGACACUAAGUGGCUUUGAGGUACAGAUGGAGAAAGGUGGCCUCAUCUGUGGGGUUGAAGGCCGGACUCACACAGGCCUGGAAGUUACAGGAGGGUUGGUAGUUAUCACGUGACUGGAGUGAGGCCUGUUUGAGAAACCUCAGGUCACGGUGUGGUCCUGUCCUUAUUGCCACCUUUGUUUCUUUAGAAAAUGCCCCAGACUGUUUACUUGCUGAACACGUGACCAGACAAACCACCCUUAAUGUGGGCCCUUCAGCUUCCCACGCUCCAGCAAGCAGCCUCCUGAAGAGCGGAGCACUGAUGGCGGAGCAGCUUCUCUGACCCCUCGUGAUCUGGGGAACGUGUCCAACUCUGCAGUUUUCACUUUUAACCAAUUCAAUCCUACAGCCAGGACACUGUGUUGGGGGCUGGCCCCAGGAUGGAGGCUCGGGCCCAGAACUCCAGGCAGGGAGGCAUCCCCAAGGCAGAUCUCCAGGGAGCCGACAGGGGCCAGGAGGAGAGGCCCAAGAUGGAGAUGAGGCCCCUGGCAGAGGACCCAGCUAAGAGACACCCCUCUCAGGAGGGAGACCUACAUGGAGGGACAGCAGGUGGCAAGAUGGCUCCCCAAGGCAGGGGCUCCUGGAGCUGGGGCCUCGGUGUGAGCCCCAGUCCAGGGACCCACCAGAGUGCAGGAGCAGGACCCCUGGUACAAGAGCCAUGUGGCCCCACCUCCUCUCAGGACCCUGACCUAGUCACUCCCCAGGGGCCACAUGCUGGGAAGGGCCCCUAUUGGUGCCCGGUCGGUACCAGGGCCUCCAGCCAUAACUGCUGCCUGAUGCAGCGUCUCAGAACACCCCCUGAGGAAAAGUCCCUGGUGUGUGAUCACUGUGGAGGCCAGGUGUUGGGCUGGUGCUGCCCCAGGACCCAGCGGUCCGAGAUCCACACAGAGGAUGGGUCACAUGACCAGCGCACAGGCACCCAGACCUUCGCAAAGACCCUGCAAGUGACCCUCCUCCAGCAGAACCCCUUGGAGGACUGCAGCUGCAGCCAGGACUUUACCCCGAGGGCCCGGCUGGCCCCGCAGGAAACGAUGCAGAUGGCAAAGGAGCCCCUCCUGUGUGCGCGGUGCGGAAAGCGCUUUGGCUCCAACAAGCAGCAGCAGACGGCCGAGGGCCCCUUAACGUGUCCUCAGUGUGGCCAGGCCUCGGGUCCUGGCUGCAGUGCCCCUGGCCCCGCGGCCCAGCGGCUCUACGUCUGUGACCAGUGCGGCAAGGCCUUCACGCGCACCUCGAGCCUGCUGCAGCACGAGCGCAUCCACACCGGUGAGCGGCCCUAUGAGUGCGCUGAGUGUGGCAAGGCCUUUGUGCGCUGCUCCGGCCUCUACCGCCACCAGAAGACGCACUCGGCCGAGCGCCACCGCGGCAGCCUGGCCCUGGCCCGGCGGUCCUUCCUCUUGGGGUGCCCGCCCUGUGGGGACUGUGGCGAGGGGACCCAGGGGCCUCCCUGGGUGCCCGUUGCCGGGGAGAAGCCAUACGAGUGCGCCGAGUGCACCAAGGCCUUUGCCCUGUUCUCGCACCUCGUGGAGCACGGGCGCGUGCACACAGGUGAGAAGCCCUACGCGUGCCCGGAGUGUGGCAAGGCCUUCCACCAGCGCUCGAACCUGAGUCGGCAUCAGCGCACGCACAGCAGCGCCAAGCCCUACGCCUGCCCGCUGUGCGAGAAGGCCUUCAAGGGCCGCUCGGGCCUGGUGCAGCACCAGCGCGCGCACACCGGCGAACGGCCCUACGGCUGCCCCGAGUGCGGCAAGACCUUUCGGGGCUGCUCCGAGCUGCGCCAGCACGAGCGCCUGCACUCGGGCGAGAAGCCCUACAUCUGCGGAGACUGCGGCAAGGCCUUCGUGCGCAACUGCAGUCUGGUCCGCCACCGGCGCACGCACACGGGCGAGCGGCCCUACGCAUGCGCCGAGUGCGGCCGCGCCUUCAGCCAGCGCUCCAACCUCAACGAGCACCGGAAGCGGCACGCAGGCCGCGCGGCCUCGUGAGCGCGCGUGCCUCUGGAAGCCUGAAAAAACGGUUCUCGUCUUUCUUAAACCUCACUUGGUACUCACUGCGUCCGCAGGCUUCCCCGACUCAAGUUUUAUUUGACCCUUUCAAGUGGGCGCAUAGUAAUGG